AUGCAAUGCAAAUGUCAAAGUCAACCCAAAUACAAAGUCACGCAACCGUCGCUUGUUUUUGCAGGUGGUGCGGGUUGUCUCACGAGCUUGUGGUAUUUGUAUGUAGUUUAUGACUCACCGGAGGAGCAUCCACGUAUUAGUGAGGUUGAGAGGAACUACAUCAAGGGAUCCUUAAAAGGACAAGUUCACACGCUGGAGAAAUUGCACAAGGAAAUUCCGUGGGGCAAGAUACUGACGUCACCGACAGUAUGGCUGCUGAUGUACACAUUCAUGACGUACGCGUGGGGCCUCUCUAUGACACUCACCAACCUUCCUACGUACAUGUUCGAAAUUCUUAAGUAUGACAUGAAAUCGAAUGGAUUGCUAUCGGCGUUGCCCUUCAUAUCCAGCUACGUAGCACAAAACAUCAGCGGCGCAUUAGCAGAUUUCGCCAUGUCGAGAGAUUACCUGUCGAGAGUGUGGAUGCGCCGAAUAUGGACGACUAUAGGUCUGUUCGGUACGGCCAUCUUUCUGGUCAUCGCCGGUUACAUUGACUGUAAGAACGCCUGGCUCGCCGUACUGAUGAUGGUCAUCGGAAAUUUCUGCAAUGGCUUCAUAUUCGGUGGUCUUGGAGUCGCCCAUCUCGACGUGGCCCCGCGAUUCGCAUCCGUAAUCUUCGGUGUUAUUACUACGGUGGCGUGUUUGUGCGGCAUAAUGUCGCCUUAUCUGAUCGGCAUCAUAACCACAGACCAAACUCAACAGCAGUGGCAAACCGUGUUCUACAUCAACCUUGCGAUUCAGUUAUCCGGCGCCAUUUUGUUUGGAAUCUUUUUCCAUUCGGACAUACUUCCGUGGGCAGCGGUAGACGUUGACGAUACCGUAACGCUAGCCAAGGAAGCACGGAUUCACAACGGCUUAUAUAAACACAGCAACGACAAUCCUACCCAUCACCGUGUUCAUCACGCUGCUGCCAAUAACAUUGAGAUCACAAAGCUGUGAUCACGAGUAUUAGACUGAUUUAUGGAAAAUUUACCACCUACCAUCUACAUCUACAUCUACAUAGCUGUCCAUUAUGUCAUGCUACAGUAUAGCGACUAUUGUAAUAAUAUACAC